UACUGUGUCUGGGAAGACUGCAGGUCUAGGCAGCCGUCUCUGUGGUAGAGAGGCGAUCUCGUCUCAUCUCUAGCACCUUGGAGGACUGGAGUUUGGGCUGGAGCCGCCUAGGAGAGGGCUGUGGUAAAGUUGAGUCCGUGACGUGACGGGGAGGAAGUUAGGCAGGUGGGGGGCAGGCAGGGCGCACACAGCUUCCCUCUCUCUGCUGCUGCUACAAUACACACAGGGACCAGUACAGAGCAGCGCUGGGGGGACGUAUUAAGCAGGGAGCAACAGCUGGCAGGGAAGAUGCCGGGGGCCAUGUAGCUGCUACAGUUAGAUAACGUUUCCUGCAUCCGGACAGGGGUACCAGCGGCCGGCCUCCAUGGGCGAUGCACUCUGCGGUCUCUGCCAUCAGCCCACCACAGUCUGCUUUGUAGCUUCCUUUGGAAAUGGUCCCGGGCACAGGAGCUGCCGCAGGAGUGUGAGAUGCUGAAUGCGGCUGUCUAAUAUAAGGCAUGAAGAAUCCAUGUUUUGCACAGGAUGAGUUUAAAAAAUGACGCUGGCCAUGAGAAGGCGUCUUGCAAUUUAUACAUUUAUCCCCAACUCUCUGGAGAAGACUCAAACUUUUGCACUGUUCUGGCCACAAAGGAGUCCUCUGCUUCGGAUGUCGUCAAGUCUGCAGUGGCUGCUCUUGGACUGGAUGCCUCCAAAACCUAUGUUUUGGCUGAGGUGAAGGAGUCAGGGGGGGAAGAGUGGAUACUGGAUGUCAAUGAUUCUCCAGUGCAAAGGGUUCGUCUAUGGCCACGCAAAGCACAAGAGAGUCACUCACAGACAGAAGGAUACUAUUUCCUGCUACAGGAGAAGAACCAGGAUGGGAGCAUUAAAUAUAUCCAUCAACCUCUUAUGUCCGAAGAGGAUAAAGCCAGGAGGCUUGUGGAAAGGGGCUUUCUUCCCCGCUCUCAGGAGGAUUACAAUGACUUGUGUAAUUUGCCCAAUCUUACAGAAUCGGCCAUAUUAGGAAACCUUAAGACCCGUUUUCUAAAGCAAAAGAUUUACACAUAUGCAGGAAGCAUCCUGAUAGCCAUCAAUCCCUUCAAAUUUUUACCAAUCUAUAAUCCAAAGUAUGUCAAAAUGUAUGACAACCACCAACUGGGUAAACUGGAGCCCCACAUUUUUGCCAUCGCAGAUGUGUCUUAUCAUACUAUGUUAAAGAAGAGAGUCAACCAGUGCAUAGUAAUUUCUGGUGAGAGCGGCUCAGGAAAGACACAGAGCACAAAUUUCUUAAUACACUGUCUUACUGCAUUGAGCCAGAAAGGCUAUGCCAGUGGAGUUGAGCGUACCAUAUUGGGGGCCGGACCUGUACUUGAGGCUUUUGGAAAUGCCAAAACCGCCCACAAUAACAAUUCCAGCCGCUUCGGGAAAUUCAUCCAGGUCAAUUAUUUGGAGAGUGGCAUCGUGCGUGGGGCUGUGGUGGAAAAAUACCUCCUUGAAAAAUCCCGGCUUGUUUCUCAGGAAAAAAAUGAAAGGAAUUACCAUGUUUUCUACUAUAUGCUUCUUGGGGCUUCUGAGGAAGAGAAGAAAGAGUUUCAGCUCAAGCAGCCUGAAGAUUAUUUUUACCUCAAUCAGAACAACUUCAAGGUGGAGGAGGGAGAAGAUCUUCGGCAUGAUUUUGAAAGAUUGAAGCAAGCCAUGGAAAUGGUCGGAUUCCUCCCAGCCACAAAGAAACAGAUAUUUUCAGUUUUAUCUGCAAUUCUCUAUUUGGGUAAUGUGACUUACAAGAAGAAGGCUUCUGGGAGGGAUGAGGGUCUUGACGUUGGUCCCCCUGAGGUUCUGGACACAUUAUCACAGUUACUUCAGGUUAAGCGAGAGAUGCUGGUGGAAGCUCUGACCAAAAGGAAAACCGUUACUGUAAAUGAGAAGCUCAUAUUGCCAUAUAGCCUCAAUGAGGCUGUGACUGCUCGUGACUCCAUGGCAAAAUCUCUGUACAGUGCCUUGUUUGACUGGAUCGUUCUCAGAAUAAACCAUGCUCUGCUAAACAAAAAGGAUGUGGAGGAAUCUGUCAAUUGUCUAUCGAUUGGAGUUCUUGAUAUCUUUGGGUUUGAAGAUUUUGAAAACAAUAGCUUUGAACAAUUCUGCAUUAAUUAUGCCAAUGAGCAACUCCAGUAUUACUUCAAUCAGCACAUAUUCAAGUUAGAACAGGAGGAAUAUCAAAGUGAAGGAAUUACUUGGCACAACAUAGAUUACACAGACAACGUUGGCUGCAUCCAUUUGAUCAGUAAGAAACCAACUGGCCUCUUCUACCUACUGGAUGAGGAGAGCAAUUUCCCUCAUGCCACCUACCGUACUCUACUGGCCAAGUUUAAACAGCAGCACGAGGAGAAUAAGUACUUUGUAGGCACACCUGUCAUGGAGCCUGCAUUCAUCAUACGUCACUUUGCUGGCAAAGUCAAGUACCAGAUCAAGGACUUUCGUGAGAAAAAUACUGACUACAUGAGACCUGAUAUUGUUGCUCUCCUCCGGAGCAGUGACAGUGCAUACAUCCGUGAACUCAUCGGCAUGGAUCCAGUGUCUGUCUUUCGAUGGGCUGUGCUGCGGGCAGCAAUUAGAUCAAUGGCUGUGCUAAAUGAGGCUGCCAGGCAACGGGCAGAGAAAACAGCAGGUGUAGUUAGAAAAGGACCUCGAAUACCUUUGGGGGAGUUACAGAAGUCAAACACCCCUGUGGAGAAAUUGUACCGCCACUCUCUCCUCGAUUUCCACUUUGAUUGUACCACGGAGUAUGAUAUCAAUGUAUUUGAAGACAUCAUAAGUAUAUAUGAAAGCAAGAAAGAGCGGCACUCUCAGCUGAUGAGCAGUAUUAAGGGACUCUCCUGGCAAGGGGAUGACCCAGCCAACCUACUGCACACCCUUUCCCUACGUAGACAUUCUCGGCUUCACUUACAGAAAACUAAAGGUGUACGUCAGAAGCAGCUCAUCCCAAAGAACCUGCUUGACUCCCAGUCUCUGAAAUUAAUAAUGAGCAUGACUCUCCAUGACCGUACUACGAAGUCCCUCCUUCACCUGCACAAGAAGAAGAAACCACCCAGUAUCAGUGCACAAUUCCAGACCUCAUUAAACAAACUUCUAGAGACACUGAGUAAAGCUGAACCUUUCUUCAUCCGGUGUAUCCGCUCUAAUUCUGAAAAGAUGGAGAUGACCUUCGACGAAACACUGGUGCUUCAGCAGCUGCGAUACACAGGAAUGUUGGAAACCGUGCGGAUUCGGAGAUCUGGAUAUAGUGCCAAGUAUACAUAUCAGGAGUUCAAAGACCAGUUCCAAGUUUUGCUACCGAAAUCGUCUUCUGCUGUAAAAGCAAACAUCACAUCUUUGCUAGAGGGUAUAAACCUAGACCCACUUAAUUACCAACUGGGAAAAACAAAGGUGUUUAUGAAGGGUCCAGAGCGGCAAAAACUACAGGACACUCUUCACCAGGCCGUCAUCAAGAAGAUCAUUCUCCUACAAAGUCUAUUCCGGAUGGUUGUAGACAGAAGAAACUUCCUGAAGAUGAAAUUUGCAGCAGUAACCAUAAAGAUGUACUGGAGGUCAUAUCGUGUGCGACGGGAGUUGGCGCUCAGGAAGAAUGCAGCUGUGUGCAUCCAAGCAGCAUGGAAGGGACAUAUGCAGAAAAAGAUCUAUGUUGGGCAGAUUCGGUCUCUCUAUAUGUUGCAAGCCCAUUUUAAAGGACAUCUGCAAAGAAAAAGGUACAUAAUUAUGUUGGAAGCAAAGCGUAAAGCAGAUAGAGAGGAGGAGAAAAGAAAACUGGAAGCCCUUGAAAAGCAAAGAGAGGCUGAGUUGGAGAAGAUAAAAAGGGAAGAGGAGCAACAGAAGAGGGUAGAGGAGGAAUUCAAGCGACGAUCAGAAAUGUGUACUACAGGUGUUAUAGAAAAAGAUUCUGAGACCAGCAUACAGAGUGCACAACAAGAUUGCAUUAAGGAAGAGAAGCAAAGUAAAACUAUGAUAGAGGAAGUGGGACAAAUGGAAAUAGUUUGUAAAACUAAUGAAGAGGAGAACAGAAUUCUAAAAGAGAAUGAGCGCAAUAGAACAGAGAAAGAAGAGAGGGAAGGUAAAGAAAACAUCUCCAAAGCACAGCAACAAGAAGUUGCAGAAGACACAGAAUCUGAACCAAAGGCCGAUCCCACAGUGUCAAAGAGCACCAAAAGUGCCGCAAAGAGCACUGACCAAGCUUGCAACAGCCGGGAGAGAGAAAACAGGAGACAGAGAUGUCUGAUGCAUGACAUGUUGCAGAAUAAACAUAUAUACACUUCAUUAGAUGAGGCUGAGAAGGAGCAAGGAGGUAGUCAAAGUAAAAUUGGACAACAGACUAGCAGUAAAGUAGAAUUGGUUGUGGGAUCCCAUGAAGAAAAGACAGAUCAAGAGAAAGAAGUCAGUAAGGUGACAUCGUUAAAAUCAGAUGAAGAGAAAGCUCGCGAUCCAAAUUUAGUGAAAACUUCAAGUCGCUCACACCUUCACUUGGACCUUCAGAAAUGUUCAGAAAAGCUGUCACCAGAGGAAAAACACAAGCUGAAUACACCCCAGGAGCCUGAAAUCCCCAAUGUAGGAAUUAUACAGAGAUACAGUGACCAUGAAAAGCUAAAAAACAAAGCAGAAAAGUGGAAGGAAAAGAGACAAACUGAGACUGGACAGGCUGAGCCUACAGUAACACCUGAGAUAGCGGAGGUCAACCCUCAAAGGGACAGCAAGGAAAUGCCAGCAAGCAGGGGAAAGGCCUCUGUCUCAUCUCCAGAUGUAUCAACAGUGACACAGUCUCCUCCUGCCACUCAGCCACCACCUGUGCUUGUUGACAUUGAUAAGGGAUCAAAUAAGGUUAAUCUGCAGAAGAAGAAAUCCAAUGAAUACAGUGCUCAUACAGAAACUGCACCUGCACAGCACACAGACUCCAAACAGACUUACAAAAGUCCUUUAUAUAGGCUUCUGGGGAAGAGGCCUGAUAAAAAAAACAGCAAAGAGAGUCCACUUACCCCGGAAGGCACAGAACAACCAUCUUUCCCACCCCAGGAAAUUGUUGCAACCAAAAGAUCUUUAGAAGGUACAAUCAUCACAGGACAGUCUAGUCACCCACCGCCAAAUGAGGCUCCCAAUAAGCUCCGCAGGAAUCUGUCUAUUAAAAUUGGGAAAGCUACCACUGUGUCUGAAACAUGGAAGUCAUCAUUGCACCGAGAGAUAACAAGUUCUACUGAACUAAAACACCUUGAUGACUUUUUGUUUACUAAGUUUAACACGUUACACCAGAAUAAAUCUCCCAUUGAGAGCCUCCUCUACAGAGCAAUGGAAAUGUUCAGAGGAAACCUGAAAUCCAUGUACUCUUCUCCAAAUGGGCAUUUUCAUGCUGGUUACAAGGACCUAAUGGACAAUUUCCAGCUUCUUGUUAGUAAUCUAACCCAGGAUAAAAAUGAGAAGGAUGUGAAGCUUGUACUGAACCUUUUCCAGUCUUUUCUGGAUGAAUUCACCCGGGGAUACUCAAAAAGAGAGGACACCGAAACCCAGAAGCAACGAAAGUCUCAAAAAAAGAAGAGGAAACAAGUUCAAAAUCUGGAAUCCCAUGGGCAUGUAUUUGUCAGCUACCAAGUGAACAUUGGUCAGUCCUGUGAGCAUUGCUCCUCCAGCAUCUGGCCAAUGGAGAAAGCUUUUCUUUGUAGUGCCUGCAAGAUGAUCUGCCACAAGAAAUGUCUAAGCAAGAUUCAGAACCACUGUACACCAGCUGGAGUGAGACGUAACCAGGGCAGUCAUCAUUUUGGUGUGCACUUGGCAGACUUAACCAAUGAGACAACAUCUGUUCCAGUUGUAAUGGAAAUGCUUCUGGAGUACCUAGAGAUGCAUGGCCUGUACACAGAGGGCAUCUACCGCAAAUCUGGUGCAGCAAAUUGCAUGCGAGAACUAAAAACAUCCCUGGAGAAAGAGCCCAACUCUGUGAAGCUGGACAAUUACGCAAUCCAUGCCAUCACUGGGAUUUUAAAACAGUGGUUACGUGAACUUCCUGAGCCUCUAAUGACAUUUGCACAAUACAGCGAGUUCCUGAAAGCUGUGGAGCUCCCUGGGAAGCAGGAACAGCUUUGCACCAUUUACAAAGUUCUUGGACAGCUCCCACAGGCUAACUAUAAUAGCUUGGAAAGACUGAUCUUCCACCUUGUCAAGGUUGCGCUCUUGGAAGAUGUGAAUCGUAUGUCUCCAAAUUCUUUGGCUAUAGUGUUUGCACCCUGCAUACUUCGCUGCCCGGAUAAUUAUGAUCCCUUAACCAGUAUGAAGGAAGUUUCCAAAGCCACUGUAUGUGUUGAGAUGCUAAUUAAAGAACAGCUUAGACUAUAUAAAAUCAAAAUGCAGGAGAUUGGCCUAUUGGAAGCAGCAGAGACCCAUGCAGUGUGUAGGCUAUCACUUCUACGAAAGAAUACAGCAUGGUCUGGUCAUUUAGGAUUUAUCUCCCCUAUUGAUGGGCUCCUGAAUAAGAGCCCAUCUCCCACUGGCAACUGCUUACCUGAUUUGGGUGUAGUGCAGGAAGAGCGUUUGAGAGACUGUGAGGCUGCCCGAGAAUCUGAGUUUCUGAUUGAGAGAAUACGUACUAUCAAAGAUGAGAAGGAAGAUAUUACUUACCGGCUUCCAGAGCUUGAGCAGCGUGGUUCAGAUGAAGAGAAUAUAGAUUCUGAAACCUCAAACAGUACUGAAAGCUUAUUGGAUGAGAGACCUGCCCGCCCAGAAAAGGAAGCUACACGUACAGUGGACUCUCCGGUUGUUUCAGAGCCAGCAGAGCAAACAAACAGCCUUCUGACCAAAGCCCCCCUUUUCACUUUGUCUGUGCCUCCAUCCAGUAUAAAGAGAAGGCCCUCCUCCUUCCUUGCAAAGAUGAGGGGACCAAGACGUAACCCUGUAAUGCCCACUGCCAACAUAAAGUUGCCCCCAGGCAUAUCCAAAGCUGCAGACUAUCCUGAUGAGACCAAUAACUGUCGGAGAAGGGAGCAGCCUGGGAGGAGAACAGAUAGUAUCCAGUCUGUCUAUGUUCCGGAGGGUGCAGAUCUGGAAGCCAUACAGGGAUCUCUAGAAUAUGAACCCACCGCUAAACUGAAACGUCGCUUCUCAGACCCUCAGUUCCAGAUCCCCUGCUCUGAAGAGUCCAACCUCUGAGAUAUCACAUGAUAAAUAAUAUAGGACAUGCUGUCUGACCUCACGUCUGCAAGUCAUUAGUUAUUAGUAUAAUGCGUUAUAUGGAACUUGUAUAAAUGGAAUACAGCAGGAGUAUCCAAUAUAUAUAUAUAAAGUACCUAUGAACAGGGUGCCGUGUUGGACUUGUAUGUAUGUUGUGUGUAAGAAGUGAGUGAUACCGUUCCUACCGUACUGUAGGAAUUCAGUUCCAAACUUUCAUUCCAGUCUUGUAAUAUUGUAAUAUGAUAGGACCAAAGGUGAGAUUAUUUGCCUUGUGCAAUUCACCUGUUACAGUAAUAUUUUUAAAUGUAUAUGACAUAGCAAUUUUUUUUUAAAUACUAUGUUACAUGUAGUAACAGAGAGGCCAGAAUGUUGUCUCAGAGAGUGAUAGGAGGUGUGUGUUUCUGUUGUAAGCGUCUUUCAUGUUUUUAAAGAUGGCAGAGAUUCCAAGAAGGUGCAGUAUGGAAAAAACAGUAUUUGGUUCUAGAAAGUGUGCUGACUUAUUGUCCGGGGACUAGUGAUACAAUAUCAUAAACUGGUCUUUUAUAAAACCUACAUUCUAUUUGCCAUGAAACUGGAAUGGAGAGACAUGUGCCUUUAUCAGUGUGGCUUUAUAUCUUGGUCCUUUUUUUUUUAUUUGCACAAUGACAAAUGUAUGUUGUGUUUAUAGUGCAAUCAUUGCUGACUUGAUGUAUCUAUUCUCACUCUAAGCUCUAAUCCCUAUACUAGGUGCAAUCUUAUACUCUUUGCCCCUGUUGGCAUGAAACUCUAUUUUUAGAAAAACUUGAAUCUACACUGUCUCAAUUCUAGAUCGGGAACAACGGAUCUCUUCAAUGGUUUAUGCUGUCACAUCCCAUUUGAAUUCUUAAAUGUAAUAUUUUAUGUUAAAUCCGCCCUCCCACCAAGUAGUAGAAUGUUAUGUGACUAAUGUCCAGGCCACCACAAUGCUAUGACCCACAAUAAGCCGCAAGGUGUCUGGAGCGCUGAGGUCGGGGUUGGUGAAUAAGCAGUUAUCCGUACUAGUCACGUACUGCUAAUUUGGAAUAUUUCUACACAAAUGUUGGCCAAUAUCUCUGCUUAGACAUUGGUGUCUUAUAGAAAACUGUUAAAUGUUAAAGGGAUGAAACAUUGCUCACCAACUCUUUCUGGAGCUUAGAGACACUGACCUACAAAAAUAUUUGAUAUGUAAUGAACUUUUUAUGCAAGAAUGUUUUAUAUUUGCCUUACUGUUCAGUAAACUUUAGUGUUGCCCCUAGGGGCAUGGUAUGAGGUUUUAAUAAGGAUAAGUCAGGAACUUCUCCUGUAAAAACUUACAUAUGUAGGACUCGGCCUUUUCUGGAUAGUCUUAUUCUUUGGUCACUUACUGAGGGGCAGCCUCCGCAGUGUAAUGAGAAAGCUGAGAACACUGCUUUGUUGCUACUGGACUGGGAUGGUGAUAGGUUUAAUGUUUGUGUUGUGUUUUGGAGCAAAUGGUACGCAAGUUGUUACUUAGCCAUUUUUGUAUAUUAUUACAGUACUGUUACAUUUUGCAGAUUCACACAUUGUAUGGUCUUCAAGAUCCGUUUUUGUAUCUUACAUAAAUAAAGUGCUUAAGUGCCUUAUUGCUCAGUAAUAACAAGCAAAGUUUCAUGGUCUCCAUAUGUGAAGGAUGCUCCAGUGUUACUUGGUGUGAUAUAAUGUGCUUAGUUACAAUAUUCGUGGUGUGUGGAGCGGACUGUUGUCCUGCCCACUUUCCGCCAUGUUGUCACUUUAUCAAUGGGUAUUGUCCCAGUUACAUGUUUUCUGAAUGUAUCUAGUUUACUGUGUCCUUGAAAUAUGUUCUAUGUUUAAUGUAGUCAGAAUUUGAAGUCUAUAUGAUGUAUUAAAAUUAAAUAAACAGCAAUGUAAUAUGUAAA